UAUUUCUCUCCGUGUCGGUCUCACUCCUGAAACUCGUUUAGCUGGUGAUUGGUGAAGCUUCCUCAUUACAUUGUUUUCUCACUCUGAGGAACUCUUCCUCUGCUUUUUCCAUGGUCCAAGAAAUCUUUGAAAUUUAGGGGCGUUUUACACUUGGGAGCCUGUAGUGGAAGUAACGUUUGGCUGAUUAGAAAUGGAACCCAAUGCAAAAGUGGUAGCGGCCUAUGGUGCAAUGUCAGCUCUUGGGAUUGGUGAAUCGAAAGUGAAACCAGUAUUAAAGAAACUCCUGAAGUUGUAUGAUAAAAAUUGGGAACUUAUUGAGGAAGAGAACUAUAGAGCACUGGCAGAUGCUAUAUUUGAGGGUGCUAUAUUUGAGGACGAUGAAAAUGAGGUGCCAAAACAGAAAAAGAAAAGCAAGAAAGUUGAUGAAGAAGAGAUGGAGGGCCAGGAAGAACAGUUGCAUGUUGAAGAAGCCCAACCUUUGAAAAGGUUGCAUUUAAGAGGCCAAGAGAGUCAGCCUUUGCAUCCUCUGACUAAUAGUGCCCCUAGCUCAGCUACCCCUCCAUUAAAAAAGCCAAAAUUAGAAGACAACACAUUACCCGAGAGUUGUUCUAGACAGCAGCCUCAAAAGAAAACAUUGUCAUCCGAUGGAAAUGCAAGGAUUGAAGCACUCCCAAUUCAGACACGAGAUGGUAUUGUUGACAGGGGAAAGCAACCUGCAUCAGGGCAAGUUACCCGCAGCGAAAGAAGAUUUAUGUCUGAAAUAGCAUCCCCAUCAGUACCAUCUAAAGAACCAACAAUUGAAACUAGAAAGUUUCUGUUGCCGAACAACAUGGUGCCUGGUAUUCAUAUGCAGAUCAUACCCAAGGACGAGCCUAUUAAUGAAUUGCCUGAUUAUGAGGUUCCCCGUCCCAUUACAGUGAUUCCUCCUGGAUUGCCAAACAACAGAAUGCCUAGUAUUCUUGCGCCGAUGAUCGAGAAGAAGCAAAAGGGAAAUAAGGCUGGAAACAGAUUCAUGGAUUCCCCUAAUGGUUCACCGCCCUGGGAAGAUAAUGACCCUGCACCUCCUGGCUUCCCAGAAUCUCCAUGUUGCCUAAUCACCCCAGGUCCCAUGGAUCACUCACUCCUUACAUUACAGGAGAAACAUGUAUCCGCAUACGUGUGGAAUGGCGCGGAUGAUCGCGUGAUUAAUGUCAGGCACGCAGCCACUCACGAUCAUAUGAACAUACCAGAGCAGAUCCAUCCAUAUCUUAGGCAGGCUGGUUUCUAUGACGUUGCGCGGUUGCGCAACCACGAGAUUGACCAUGCGCUUGUUUCCGCGCUUGUAGAGCGUUGGCGCCCUGAGACACAAACCUUUCAUAUGCCGCAGGGAGAGGUUACGAUCACAUUAGAGGAUGUACACCAUCUGUUGGGUUUGCCCACUGAUGGUGAAGCUGUCUCCGGGGUUGCUGGACAUCAUGAUUUUCGCCAUCUGAUUUUGCAGAGUCUGGGACUUGUGCCAAACAGCCGUCGAGAAUUCCAAGGAGGUCGUUUGAACUUGGGAUUUCUGCGCGUAGAGUAUGGCGACUAUGAGAAGCAUGCUGGGACUGAGCUCGGCCGCAUUAUGUACACGCGUGCUUUGAUUAUGCGCAUCUUAGGUGGGAUGUUGUUUGUCGACACUGCCUCCAGCUUUGUGCCCGCUAGAUUUUUACUCUUUUUGGAUGAUUUUCAGCGGACAGGCACUUUUAGUUGGGGUUCUGCUGUACUUGCGCACAUAUACCGUGAGUUGUCUAGAUUGACAGACAGAUCACACUCUGAUAUGGGUGGGUGUGUAUUGCUUCUGCAGUUGUGGGCGUGGACCCGAUUCCCGAGUAUCUCUCCUCCUCUCCCCGACGUGGUACACCCAGAGGCCAUAUAUGGACAUAGAUUUAAUGUGUUUGAUCGCCGACAGCAACGAUUCGCUAGGUUGCCUAGAUAUCGCUAUCACCUUGAUGUUAUGCAGAGGUGCCAGAUUAUAUGGAGGCCGUAUUUGGGUUUUCCUGCACAUCCGUCGACUGAUGAACAAUUUCACAGAUGGAUGGCUGUCUGUCCACUUAUUUAUUAUCAUAUUGUGGUGUAUCAGCAGCCGGACAGGGUCCUGAGACAGUUUGGCUACCAACAGCCCAUCCCCGAUCGUCCUAUUGAUUGCUCUAAUCUAGCCACUAUUACCCUUACGGGGAAGCCCGAUGUGGACUGGAGAGAUAAACAUGCUUUUUAUGUUGCACAGUGGCAGGAUAGGGACAACCUUGUGCUGCAGAAUCUUGUGCCUAUGGAUGGUGACGGGCACUUAUCAGUUAAUAGUAGGUAUAUUCAAUGGUAUAGGACAAUCACUCGACGAUGGCUUACACAGAGAGUGGCUCAGAUGGGACAUGUGGGUGAUCGAGUGGAGACAAUCGUCCACAUGGCAUCAUCUCCGAAUGUAUUCACGAUGGGCCAGGUCCUUCAUGAGGCAAAGCGGGCUUUAGCUGCCCUCAAUGAGGGAUAUAGGAUCACGGAGCCUGGAGAGGAUGUGCCUCCGCCUACCAUUCGUCAAACGCAAGACCCACCGCACGAGCCCCGUCGAUCCCGACGAGCUCGCAUUGAGGGACAUCCUUUGCACCACACUUGUCCGGCAGUUGCAGAUAUGCCUGUACGUGUGCCCGUUCUUCCAGCGCGCCCCCCUGGGAUGUUUUUUGCACCGGGGCAUCCUUCAGGCCCAUCUCAGCCGUAUUUUUGGCCCCCACAAUAUGCACAUGUUGGUGCAGACCCUUCACGCAGUCAGCCGGGAUAUCCCCCGUAUUUUGCAGGCCCGUCCACCAGUGGUCACACAUAUCCACCACCACAAUAUCCCAUUUAUCAUGGAGAAGGUAGUUCACAACACACUACCUUAUAGCCCACUCAGGGUUUAGAUGAGUUUGCAGAGGGGUACAUGCCCAUUUAUGCAGACCCUUAUAUGGCCACCCUACAACAUUUUCCACUAGCUUCAUGCAGUCUCCACAUUGUGGUCAUAUAUCGGAGAUUUUGCGGGAGGAUAUUGAACGGAUCCUGAAUGACCCUAUGCUGGAUCAUGGAGAGGAGGAUGAUUCACAGUUUGAUGACGAUGAUGGCAUUCGGAGGAACCCUGAUAGGGGGGCCAUACAUAAAUGCAAUCUGUAGCCAUAUGAGCAUGAUAUGCGUCGCUGUCGGGGGUAUCAUGGAUGCCACUAAUAUAUUUUUUUGGAAAAUUUGAAAUGUAUGCUCUGUUUUUAUUUGACAGAGUGCGUUGGAUCUGACUUUUCCGUUGUGAUAUAGUAAAACGGCAUAACAAAUUAGUUUUCUGUUGUUUGUAUAUACACAUGUAGGAGGUGGAAAGCACCAAUCCAAGUUUGUUUGAAGUUUUCCCAUGCCCUAUGAAUUUUGGAUGAAUUUUUCAUCUGUACAUGUGUUGUCCAACCAAUUGACUGAUGUAUGUUGCCUUUAAUAUUGAGGCACGAAAUUCUUGGUAAGGGCUAAUGGGAACUUUUUAUGGAUAAGGGGUUAUGAGAAAUGUUGUACUUCCAUGUCACGUGCCUUGAGUGAGGGACACCUCAUAUUAUGGAAUCUUGCUAAAUUUUAGCAUCACUUGACCAAGUUUACGAGUAAGUUUAUGUCUCUUCAAUUUGAAAAUCUUACUUUGGAGCGUCCUUCAUGGAAACCUCACGGAUAAGGAAUUGAGCAUUAUUGAUUGUUUAUGAUAUUACUUUUAUGUAUGACCUCCUUACCUCUUAUGGACUCAAGUUUUAUGAACUCGUGUUCUGACUUAAGAUUUUGGUGCAAGGAAGGUUG